AUGGAUUAUCGUCAGCUGCAAUCUCAACCAGGGAACGCACGUCUUAACGGCAGUAAUCGCGCUGCCUGGAACGCCAUGGAUCUUGAAAUUGGGGCUCAAAUCCCGCCGUCGAAUGCACGUAACAAUACUGAAGAUUGCGGUGCAUUAUCUGCUCGGAAUGUAUUGCUACGUCAAAAAUUACGUGAACGCAAGCGCUACGACUCGGCUGAUGACGCCAUGAAGAAAGCCGCAGCACGUGCGACGAGUCGGUAUCAGAAGAUUCCCGAACCGACUCUGAUUCCAUCCAGAGAACGGCCAUAUUCCCCAGCACAAAUGGGCCAAUCAGCUUUCUUUAAUGCGAUGAACGGUGGGACCGGUACAAAAAACGUACCGACUAGAAGGAAUGACCGACUAGAAGGAGGAGCACUACAAGCUCGAAAUGUACUGAUUCAACACAAAUUACAAACUAAAAUGUCCAAAGACGAUACGGACAUGGCGGAUGGAAAUCAUGUCGAAGGAGCUAGAGAAGAAGCUGUGAGUUCACCUUGUGCGUCCUUUACAGGGACAGGCAAUCGACGAUUACAAUUUGCAAGUAUGAGUCCCAGUCGUGCUGGAAAAUAUGGGGCUUUGGAGAAUAAAAAGAAACCCAAUCGACGGGAUUUACUCGAGCAACAAGACAAGAAUUCGAUUGUUGCUAUUGGGGCUGAUGAAAAGAUACAGCAGAGAGUGGGAGGAUCGGACUAUGGAAAACUUUCAGCAGCUCAUGUGCUUAUUCGACGCAAAUUAAAGGAGAGAAAACGGUUUGAUUCAGCAGAUUAUGCAAUGGAGAAACAAGGUCAACAGACAGAUGUUCCUGCUGAGAUUGCAGCUAAUCCUGCCGCACCAGGUACAGCAGCUUUACGUUACAGCACCAUUGGGACUUCACAAGCGACAAUUAAUCACCAAGUGAAACAUAUUAAACUUUCUGAAUCUUUGAACGGACGUGUCGCGUCUCCAGCAGUUGUUAAUGCAGCUCAAGCUGCCUUGGCAGCGCGUGCAGCUCGCUAUGCAGGACUGAAGAAUGGAAAUACAAUGACGGACACGAAAAACAUUCCGUCUCAAGGAGCACUCGAUCGAUAUGGUCUUGACAAGAGUGUGACGCCUUUAGGUGCAGCUGCUGCACGUAAUUUGGUGCUCCAACGCAAGCUUGCGGAGCGUAAAAUGUUCGACUCGGCUGAUCACUUCAAGGAGGCCACUUGA